AUGGUGGAAGCCUCGUCGAUGCUCGGAUUCCUCGUCGGAGUCCUUUGCGGGCUGUGCGGCAUGGUUUUGUUUUGGGUCUUGCAGCAACAGCAGCAGGCCCCGCCUGCCAUGCACGAGCCUGUGGAGAUACCGGCACCAGGGGCGUCCAUGACGGCAAUGCCAACUACGACGGCGACCUCGCCCUCACCGCCACCGGGGCUCCCAGAUCCAUCAGAUGCAGUGCUCCCUGAUCUUCUGUGUGACUCGGCUCCGGAUGCACCUGGGACAACCGCUCCUACUCUGCAGCCAACCAGCCCACACAGUGCCAUGGAUGGGGCUCCUGCCCCCAAUGCUCCCGUGAGCCAGGAGGUCACCGAGGAUGCCAUUGAGGGCCUCAAGCACUGGAUGGGAAGCGAGCUGACCCAAGUGGUGUUGCAGCCCCUCCGAAAGUUGCAGGCAGGGCAAAGUGAGAUCCUGAAAAGCUUCCCCGAAGUCCUUGAAGACCAGAGCAAAAUGGACACCCUCCUGACCAAGCUUGCGGAGCUCCAAACUGCUCUCGACGGCAACCCAGCACACCAAGUGGAUGCCCUCAAGUCGAAGAUGGACCACUUGGACACCCUCUUGGCUAAGCUCACGGAGCUCCAGACUACCCUCGAAGGCAGCUCGACGCCACAAGUGGAUGCCCUCGUGUCCAAGGUCAGCAGCUUGCAAGCCGACCUCGACAAAAUCACGAGCGCCACGCAGGGCAUCAUUAAGAUCGAGGACAAGCUGAUGGGCAAGGUCGAUGAACUCAGUGACUUAGCCGGCCGCAGACAUGCAUACCUCGAGACGGCCACCGAUGGCACUCAGGACCAGAUCAGAGGGGUCACACACGAGCUCCAGGCUUUGGCCACGAGCUUCAAGGACCACCGCCAGGUGAUGAAAGACGCUACGACAGAAACGCAGCGACGCCACAUGGAGAUACUCAAGAAGCUCUCGACCUUGAGUUCGAAGGUGCACAAUGGGUUUGCUGGCCUGUCGGGUAUCGGCAGGUCCGCAAUGGCGGCGGCGCAAGAGAGCAAGGAGGUCUCUGAGAGGGGACUCGAGAUCAGCGAGAAGACCUUGGCGGCCGUCAGAGUCGCGGGGCCCAGCCCGUCGGAGACAGCUCUGUUGGAGAAGUUUGGGGACAUGCAGACCAUGCUCGAUGAGGUCAAGCACAAUCUCAGUGCUUUGGAAGGCUCCUUGGAGGCGCUCCGAUCGCAUGUGGCCACGGCCCCGGCACCUCCGCCGCCAUACCAACCGGUGGUGUCCCAGACGACUGUACCACCGCCACCACAGCAUGCUCCGAACCUCGUGCACUUGACUCCGGCGGGCGGCGGAUGGCAGCAGGGCCCGGGACCGACGGCAGCAGUGAUGCUGGGGAAUCCUCAACAUCUCCUGAGGGCACUUGCCGGCCAGCACCCACUGAGCGAUUGA